AUGACUACAAGUUCCAACAGGGUUCAUACGGAUUGUGGUUCCAACAGGGAGCAUGGGCGUCAUAACCCUCCCUGCGGACAAAGCUAUUCUCCGCACGGAACUAUCACGUCCCCUGGUGCGUCCCAGGACUCCAAGGCCGAAGAGAAUGGCUCGACACGACCCAAGAGAAAGACCAAGCCCAAUCGUGGUUUUGAUCCAGCUGCUCAAGUAGCCAAAGACGCUACGGCCUCCGAGCAGGCUCCACCAGCUCCAGAUGGACCUCGUCCUGAUGGUUCAGGGGGCACACUUCAGCUCAACCUGGCCAACAACACGGUUGACAGAAACCAGAUGACUACAAGUUCCAACAGGGUUCAUACGGAUUGUGGUUCCAACAGGGAGCAUGGGCGUCAUAACCCUCCCUGCGGAGAAAGCUAUUCUCCGCACGGAAUUGUCACGUCCCCUGGUGCGUCCCAGGACUCCAAGGCCGAAGAGAAUGGCUCGACACGACCCAAGAGAAAGACCAAGCCCAAUCGUGGUUUUGAUCCAGCUGCUCAAGUAGCCAGAGACGCUACGGCCUCCGAGCAGGCUCCACCAGCUCCAGGUUCGCUCAGCUAG